AUGGGGUACUUCGUGGGCGUGACGAGCACCGGCUUCGUCGGCACGGGCGAAAUGAGCGCCGUGACGUCGUACAUGCCCUGCCACAUCUUCGGCGACCAGAUGCUCAUCGGCGCCGGCAUCCGCAUCGGCUUCUACCUGUUGUACGCUGCCGCCAUCGUAGCGGUGCUCUUCGGCGUGGACAAGCAGUUCCGGCUCUGGCACGGCGCUUGGGGCAUUCUCGCCCUGUCGCUCUUCGUCACCAUGUUCCUCAACCUGGUGGCCUUCAACCUCAUCAUCAUCGACUACGCCGUCCUGAUACAGCUGGUCCUCUGGUACCCCGUCUACUUCAUCUUCACCGUGCUGUUCCGCCAAGCGCUCGUUGUCGACAGCAAGAGCCACCCCAUGGCGGACGCUGAGUACCGAAGACGACUGCAGCGGCUCCGACAGGCUGCCGUGACCGAGCUCGACGUGAAAAGGGCGCGCGCUUACUCCGACGUACUCAAGGCAUUUGCGCUGCACGCGGCGGCAGAGGAGGCGGAGCGCGACCACGACGCAGCGCAGGCGGCUCUGAGCGCGGCAGUCCAGCACUACGUCUCGCAUUGGCACGAGCAGAUCGAGAUUCGCGACGGCCAGCAGAGCGAGGAGGCGAUUGUUGACGGAGGAGCCGUGACGACCGUCUACAACCGCGAGCUCAUCGAGGAAAUCGCGGCCGCACCAACCAGAGCGGAUAUCGACAAGCUGCGCGACCUCUACGUCGCCGCCUUGAUCCACUCGCGGCAGUCCGUCGCCGAGGCGCGCGCCACAGAGCACGAGGUCGCACUCAUCGCGUCCGAGGAACUGCGGAUCAAGCGCGGCGCGCGGCCCCCCAAGCAAUCGCUGUUCCACUUCCUCGUGACGACCAGCUACAAGGACCAGCUGACGGCGGCCCUCGGCCUGCUGAUCUGGUCAGCUUGGAUGUUCGGCACCGCAGCCCUCAACUGGCCGCUUCUGCACAACGGGAACAAGCCCGGCGGAGAGUGCGACAACGUGCCGACCGUCUACUUCGUCUUCGCCCCGAAGAAGCCGUUCGCCGAUGCGGGCUUCACCACCUUCUUGAGGGUCUGGACCGUCGGGGUCUGCAUCGUGGCCGUCGUCACAACCGCGUUGGCGCUGUUUCUUCUCACCGUCAUCAUCUUCGGCCCUGCCGCGGUGGGCUUGGGAUCGGGUCGGCGGCAGCGGCGGCGGGGCAAGGGUUCAGUCGAAGCUGGGCAGGGCGACCACCACAUCAGCGAUCUGCGCGCCUCGGCGGGCUACUCACGCAAGGCUCGCGGGCAGCACGCGCAGGAGAUCCUCGAGUGCCUGCACCACAGCGAGCCGAGGUCCAUCCAGCACCGCUAUCGCAGCCGGACGACGGCGCCGGCCCGGUUCAGCCUCUGGAACGUGCCCUGGGCGGUCCUCUUGGCCGUGCUGCUCGUCAUCACGAUCGUGUGCGCAGAGCUGACCGUCACGAGGCAGGGGCCGAACAACAACGUCCCGCUCGACUUCGCCCGGCCGCCGCUGCACGAGACAGCCGAGAUCCUGGCCUGCCUCAUUGGCUUGUACUCGUUGGUGCUGACUCUCUUGAGUGUGUUGGGUGCGUUUUUGGCUGCGUUUUUGCGCAUCCGCCGGCGCAAGAACCGGGGACACGGCGAGCAGCGGCCCCCUGAGCAUCAUCAGACGGAGGAAAUAGGCGAUGCUGGGAAGUCGGAGGAGCCUGGCUUGGCUUAUUGA